AUUAAAAUGAAAAUAACACGUAAUAAAAAAUCGCAUAAAACGCUUAUGUUCUAUACCACACACUUUCAAUAUCAUGAACCCUAUCAGGUAUUAAUCGAUGCCACAUUUUGUCAGGCUGCCCUAAAGAAUAAAGUGAUUAUUGAAGAACAAUUGAAAAAAUAUUUCCAAUCCCAAGUGAAAUUGCUGACGACACAGUGUAUCAUAUUAGAGGCGGAAUCAUUGGGACCACCUCUCACGGGAGCCACACAAAUUGUCAAACAAUUCUUUGUACACAAAUGUGGUCAUGAGGGUAAGCCAGUGACGGCCGCGGAGUGCAUUAAGCAGAUGACCAAAGAUUCCCGCUACAUUGUUGCCUCACAGGAUCGCAAUUUGCAAGCCUCGCUACGCAAAGUACCCGGUCGUUGUCUGCUCUAUUUACACAAAGCCGCCCCCGUACUGGAAGCACCAUCAGAUGCUUCGAAAAAAUGGGUAGACAAAAAGGCAAGAAAUCUUCUGCCAGCCGAAGCGGAAAAGAAAAUCGAAUAUCUGAAAAAGAAAGAAGGUCUAAUAACCCACAAAUCCGAUGAGAAGGCACCGCGUAAACACAAAGGACCCAAAAAUCCCAAUCCCUUAUCGUGUAAAAAGAGUAAAAAGGAGAAACAGCAACAACAACAAAGGCAACAAUUUAAUAAUAAAAAACAACAACAGGACCAACAACCAAAGGAACAUAAGAUAGCGGAGACAAGUAAAACGCCAAUGAAACCCAAGAGGAAAAGAGUUAAGUUGCCAGCUCAUGUUAAGGAAGUUUUGAAAAAUAAAAAUUCAAGUUGA